AUGAUGGUCCGACUCAUCAUUGUCGCGUUGGUGCUCCAGCUCACUGCUGAGGCCCAAAGCGAAGACCAGCCCGCCGACUGCGUUCAGUACGAGAUCAGCGACAUACCCCGCAAAACUGCCACUAAAAGUUUCGAGACUCAAGUACGACUUGGACUUGAUGUCCCCUACGUAAAUGAAAGCUGGAAGGUUGAACUUUUAAUUAAGUCACCGUCCACGGGACAUAGCUGCUCCGCAGUCUUCAAUGUCACUGCUAAGAACGACAAGAACGACAAGGGCGUGAUCGCCUAUCGGUGCAGUGCUUGGGAACAGAAAGAAGAUACGAUCGUACAAGAAACCAAGUUAGUUAAUUUAUACGGGUGGCGGCACUUCGACUUGUUCUUCACUGAAAAUAAGGAUGUUCUUCUCACCUCAAUAGGCGCACAGGACGUGGAAAUCAUUACUCUGAGAAACACGGGAUUAACGGGGAAACUCCAGGCGCAAUGGCUCCCCAACCGGAAAUCGUUUCACGUCAACUUUGAUUGUUAUUCAGGGUGCCACCUCCGAUCUGGUGAUGAAUACCAAUCGACUUAUGGAGACCAAUUCUUCGCGUGGUGCGGCAGUCCGGAGGAGCUGAUCUUCUUCAAGGCCUUCCCCAGCUCCUACAACUACCUUUUCACGCUCCAGGAUGAAGACUCUCCGGUGCAGGCGGCCGGGAAAUGGACUGAAGUUGUAGUCGAUCAAGAACACCGAAGCAUUAAUUGGACGGUGCUGGGAACAAGAAGUUCAUACUCGGUGCUCUGGACAGCUGGACACGUGCACUCAUACUUCGACGUCAAAAAACACCUGACCGUUCACGUACCAAGAACGUGCCUCGUCACCAACUGUCACCCGUACCAACUACCAUGCAGAGACGACCCGUUCAAAUGCGAGUCGGUUGAACUAUGGACCAACAACCACUACGUCGCGAAACUACUUACCAGUUGGCAACUGACAAUAGAAUGGAUAGUUCUGGCUGCCAUGCUCCUCAUAAUCUUGUUCCUACUCGUGAGCAUUUGUUGUUUAAAGAAAAAACUUAGAAAAUUUGAAAUGGGGGAUACGCCUGGGCUCGAAAUGGAGAAACGUCGGCCAUCGAGAGGAAAAAAUCCACGAUUCGGAGAAGAGAAUUCCAUCUACGAUGAAUUUUCUUCGGAUCAUGUAUACGAAAUACCGAAUGAAUUAAGAGCAAAGGGGAAUGUGUACUCGAAUAAUGGUGGAGGUCAGAGGGAAAGUAGGAUUUCACGUUUGUACUCUAAUAUUUUACCUGGCAUUAAUAGAAGGUAAGAGGCCAUGUUUGAAAAUAUGAUAUGCUAUCUAACGUCAUCGGGUGAUUCUACGGCCAUUCGCAAAAGUUGGAAUAACGCAAGAUGUAUAAUUAAGAACAACUAGGUACGAAGAAUUUAUAUAUAUAUAGAUAGUUCAUGUACGUUGUGAACAAAUAAUUACUAAAAUGAAAAUGAAAAAUAACUGACUAAAAGCCAUUCCAGCGCUUUGAUUUUAGUCAAAAGCAGAAUUUAACAAAAGUAAUUUGCAUUUUAAACCAGCAAGCAACUCAGCGACAGUGCAGAGGCCCUGAACCUUCCCUCAAUGACUUAUCCUUUCAAGGGUCAUAUUAUCGGGCUUCAUCAUUAGUUGGAUU